AUGAAGGCACACCAAGGCACACCAGCUAGAGCAGACACAAAACUCUUGCGGAAUUCAUGUGACACCUACAUACCAUCCUACUACAAUAAAGCUUCUGAAAAUGAUAUCGAUGCAUUAUUAGCCGAAGGAAAGGCUGCGGUAGUUUCCAACCAUGCUGGUACCUCUAGAGGUGACAAUACUACCCCCGUACCUCCAUAUGAGACCAGUAAUGGUUCCCUUCAGAUUCGUGGCGCAGCUUCAGCGCAACAGAGCUAUCGUAAGGGCAUCGAAGACAACUCUGAUAAUGCUUCAGCUUCUGAUGCCACAAUUCGGAACGUUGAACACAACAGGCCCGCUAUACCCUUGCCUGAGAAGCCUCCUGCACCGCAGCCGCCAUGCACUCCACCGCAUGGAAGUCUACAACAGCAUUCUUCCGGAGAGAUAAAAUCCUCUCCUACCUAUAACCAGCCUAUGCCACUGAUAUCGCCUAGUUUAAGCUCAGUACAAGGAGGGAAAGAGACCCCGCCCUCUACUACUCUCCCAAAUGAUCUCCAGAGCCUCUGUAUACCCCAACCAGAAUUCCAAAACCUGGAUCAACAAACUCAGCAAGAUAUCCAUUUAUGGUUACUGUUCACUGGGUAUUACGAUGAAGAAUAUCGUAUAGAGACAAUUUCACGCCGUCGUGAAAUAGUCGCCGUGCACGAAAAAUUGACAGAACUCAUGAAUGAGGAAUGCCGGAAAAGGCGAGCUUUUACUAAUAUAUCUAGCUCCAGGCUCUCACAGUCACUGUUUCCCUGCACGAUGUCCGCAGGAGCCCGGAGUGCCACGCCCUCCGACUUUUCAGCAAUGCGUUCUCGCACGGUUGAACUACCGGUUGAUAGUCCUGCCUCAAGGGCUCCAACACUCUCGGACGAGUGCCUCAAGGGUAAAGCUGAAAACACACCAAGUUUACAACCAACCAAUAACCGGGUCCAACCUUCACCGCUCAAGCGUAGCAACACCCCGCCCCCAGAAGAUAGCGACUGCCAACGGAAGGUUGCACGUUCCAACGAACAGACUUCCACUUCGAGUGAAUUCAAGAAACAAGGUUUGUUUACCUGA